AUGUGUCGUCGUCAUGAUCUCGACGCGUCUGGGAGCACUAUCAACCAGGGUAGAGAGGUGCUCCCUGAUAACGUGAAGCCAACCAAUUAUGCGUUGGAGCUCGAGCCUGACCUCGAGAAGUUUACCUUCGAGGGAACUGUAGCAAUUGCGCUUGAUGUAGUUAAGGAUAGUACAACAGUUGCUGUUAACGAUGUCGAUAUCGAGAUUCAGUCUGCAAAGCUCGAGUACAAUGGACAGGAGUACACUCCUGUCAAUGUUGAACACACUGAUGAUAUCCAGACUACUACAUGGACUUUCAAGGACGUCAUUCCAGCUGGGACCACGGCAACCUUGACCAUCAAAUACACCGGUAUCCUUAACAAUAACAUGGCUGGAUUCUACCGUUCGUCAUACAAGGAUCAGGAUGGAUCAACCAAGUACAUGGCAACUACACAGAUGGAGCCUACUGACGCUCGUAGGGCUCUUCCCUGUUUCGACCAGCCGGAUCUCAAGGCUACUUGGGAGGUGACUUUGGUUGCCGACGAGAAGUUGACUUGUUUGUCCAAUAUGGACGUCAAGGACACCAAGAGUUUAGGCAAUGGAAAGAAGUCAGUGUCAUUCAACAAGUCUCCAAAGAUGUCAACAUACCUCUUGGCGUUCAUUGUUGGUGACUUCAAAUAUGUUGAGAACAAUGAUUUCCGUGUGCCCAUUCGAGUAUACGCCACCCCCGGAAAUGAGCACCAGGGUCAAUUCUCCGCGGAUCUUGCCGCAAAGACUCUCAAGUUCUACGAGGAAACAUUUGGUUCCGAAUAUCCUUUGCCGAAGAUGGACAUGGUUGCUAUUCCGGAUUUCUCGGCCGGUGCUAUGGAGAACUGGGGUUUGGUUACAUACAGAGUCGUCGAUUUGCUUUACGAUGAGAAGACUGCUUCCCUUGACCGAAAGCAAAGAAUUGCGGAGGUUGUCCAGCAUGAGCUUGCUCAUCAAUGGUUUGGUAACUUGGUCACGAUGGAUUUCUGGGAAGGUCUGUGGCUCAACGAAGGUUUUGCUACUUGGAUGUCCUGGUACUCCUCGAACGUUUUCUACCCUCAAUGGAAAGUGUGGGAAUCAUAUGUCACAGACAGUUAUGCUGGUGCCCUCAGCUUGGAUGGAUUGAGAAGCAGUCAUCCUAUUGAGGUGCCAGUGAAGAAGGUCUCUGAGAUCAACCAGAUUUUCGACAGCAUCUCAUACCUGAAGGGAAGUUCGAUCUUGCGAAUGAUUUCAGUAUAUCUUGGCGAGGACGUCUUCCUCGAAGGUAUCAGACGGUACUUGAAGAAGCACGCCUAUGGCAACACUCACACUGGUGAUCUUUGGGCUGCUCUGAGCGAUGCCAGUGGGAAGGAUGUCGAGAAGGACAUGGCUACAUGGACUAAGAAGACUGGUUACCCUGUGAUUACUGUCAAGGAAAACGGAAACGAACUACAUCUCACACAAAACCGCUAUCUUAGAACAGCUGAUGUGAAGCCAGAGGAGGAUGAAACAUUGUGGCCUAUUUUCAUUGGCCUCCGCACUAAAGAUGGGGUUGAUUCAAAACUCACAUUCAACACACGUGAAACCACAAUCAAGGUUCCAGACACCGAUUUCUUCAAGCUUAAUGCUGAUCAAACUGGUGUUUACCGAACAUUGUACUCUCCUGAGCGUCUUGCGACACUUGGGAAGGAGUCGAAGCUUCUUACUGUACAGGACAGAGCCGGGUUGCUCGGAGAUGCUGGUGCUCUUGCUACCAGUGGCUACCAGAAAACCUCUGGUCUUUUGGACCUGCUUGCCGGAUUUAAGGAUGAGACUGAAUAUAUUGUCUGGUCCGAAAUUGCGGCAAGAAUUGGAAACAUCAAGGCGGCUUGGCUCUUUGAGCCCAAGGAUCAGAAUGAAGGACUUAAGGAUUUCCAGCGAGAUUUGUUCUCACCGCUUGCCCACAAGGUCGGCUGGGAAUUCAAGUCAACGGAUGAUGAUAUCCUUCAACAGCUCAAGGCGCUUGCUUUCUCGCAGGCUGGAUACAGCGGCGAUGAGAAGGUCGUUGCUGCGGCGAAGGAAAUGUUCAAGAAGUUUGUUGAGGGAGAGCUUGAUGCUAUCAACCCCAACAUUCGUGGGCCUGUCUACAACAUUGUUCUCCAAUAUGGCGAAAACAACGGCGAAAAGGAGUGGGACCAAGUCUUCGAUGCCUACAAGAACGGGCGUACCAGUGAUGAGCGCAACGUCGCACUCCGCUGCUUAGGUCGCUCCGAGAACCCAGCGAACAUCAAGAAGUCACUUGAAAUCGCUAUUAACGGUGAAGUGAAAGAGCAAGACAUCUACCAACCUAUCGGUGGCCUCCGUUCUCAUGUCGCUGGUACUGAGGCUCUUUGGGAAUGGACCCAACAAAACUGGGACCUUCUCGUCAAGAAGCUUCCUCCGGGCUUGUCGAUGCUCGGAAGCAUUGUCGUUACCUGCACAGGAGGGUUUACCUCUGAUAAGGCUAUCGAGGACAUCAACGAAUUCUUCAAGAACAAGAGUCUAACAGGUUUCGAUAUGAGCUUGGCUCAGAGCUUGGAUGGGAUUAGGGCUAAGGCAUCAUGGGUUAAGAGGGAUGCUGAAGAUGUGAAGGCAUGGUUGAAAAAGAACAAGUACUACUCGGCAGAGAAACUAUAG